AUGCCCGAUCGAUGGCGAUGGAUUCCGUCCGAGCGUCCAGGUAUGCACUUCUUGGGUGCUCCUCGACAGCACGAGAUCGCCUUAGAGCUGGGCAUGGGCCGUGGCCGCUGUGCGCUGCAGCUCUUCUUGCAGGGCGCCACGGUGCUAGGCGUGGAGUUGGCCUUUGAGCGGUAUCGGAAAGCGCUGGAGGCGAUGGAACGCUUGGCCCACCGGUGCCCCGAGGAGUUGCGGGUGAGCUUUCAAAACUCCAAGGCUCGCUUGAUGGGAGCCAACACGCAGACGGGCUUCAUGGAGGUGCGCUACGGCGACUUCUUUCAGAUCGUCAAGGACGAGGAGAUCGCAGCGGCCACGCUGAUCUUCCUCCAGGUUUGUCUCCCCCGUGCCUCCUGGCCGAGCGUGAGGUCAUUCUUGGAGCAUUGCUCUCCGGGAUGCCGUGUCUUGACCUUCCAGGCCUGUGGGGAACAGGGAGGCGAGACGCGCGGACCGAGCUCCUUCCCCUUCCGCGACAUCGGCUCGCCGGUGCUGGCCUGCACGUGGGCCACCGCCGGUCACAGGUUCCAUUGCUACGAGCGUUUGGAUUUGGAGGAGGAGCGACGGAUCUUGGAGAGGUCGGGCCUGCGGCCGGAGCACCUGCCGCAGACGAGAAAAACGUGUGAUGAGCGCCAGGGUUGGCUUCGAGCAGCAUGA